GUGGGCGCAUGCGCGGAUCCAUAAAUUAUAAUAGCGAGCGUGUGCCGCCAUUUUGAUUUAUGCUGGUUUCGCUGUGGCGUCGGGAGCGGAAGGUGCGAGCGAAUAUGUGCGUCGGUGUUUGAAAAAUCGUCCUGGACACUUCUGAGAGUCAAUAUGUAUAGCACAAUAUGUGGCUAAGGAGCGACAAGUCGAGCGGCAAGCUGUCGAAGCGUUUGAGCCUCUACCCGAAGAAAAAGAGUAAGAAACACCGUGCGCCGCCACCGCCGCGCAAAAAGUCCGCUCAGCAUGCGAGGCGCGCCGCCAUUUUCGUCGCCAAGAAGGUCCCACUGCAAAUGCACGCCGACGGCAAAGAGAACCUAUGCCAUCACGACGUUAUAGUCGACGCCAACGUCGCCAAGUCCAUGCAAAUCGCACCAAAACCACACGAAGAGCUCUCCAACCACGAGCAGCCAUCAGUCGUACCGCCAGUCGAACAGCACACAAACAACACCGCCACAGAGAUGUUGGAAGUCUCGAAUCUCGGCAGCAUUGACCUGCCGAAUCUAAACUUGCCCAAAGAGAUCGAGUAUUCCAAGAUAGACAUCGACAACAAUUUACACCUGAAUUGCACGGAGACGAUGCAAGUUGUCGGCGAACAUCGCGACAUUUACUCCGAUGAAAAGUAUCAGUAUUCAUCCGUAUACGCUGAUAAAAUCUGCGAUAGCGUUUAUUAUGAUUACACCAUGAAGAACGACUAUCAAGAUCUACAGAUUGAUUUGAGCGGAGUGAAUACGCAGGACUUUUCUUCGCUGCUAGAUGAAGAAAUGUCGCGAAACGGCGAUAUCAUGAACAUUAACUAUGACUACUCCACAAUGUAUUCAACCAAUCCACAUGAAGAGAAUAUGAUUACAAGUGUUGUUCCCUUGCAACAGCCGCAGGAACAACAAAAGGAACAUCAGGUUGAGCACGCUGAAGUCGAUGAAGGCUGGGAUGCUUUCGAUCCUUAUUUUUUCAUCAAACAUUUACCUCCGCUUACGUUUGAAAUGCGUUCCAAAUGUCCGGCACUGCCGUUGAAAACGCGCUCCAGUCCAGAAUUCAGUCUUGUUCUGGAUUUGGACGAGACGCUUGUACAUUGUAGUUUGCAGGAGUUGUCAGACGCAAGUUUUCACUUCCCGGUGUUGUUUCAAGAGUGUUCGUACACUGUAUACGUGCGCACGCGUCCGUUUUUUCGGGAAUUCAUGGAGCGCGUCGCGGGGAUGUUUGAAGUUAUUUUGUUCACGGCUAGUAAGAGAGUAUACGCGGACAAGUUGUUGAAUUUGUUGGAUCCGGAGCGUAAAUGGAUCAAGUAUCGGCUGUUCAGGGAGCACUGCGUCUGCGUGAAUGGGAAUUACAUUAAGGAUUUGUCCAUUCUAGGCAGGGAUCUCAGUAAAACCAUUAUCAUUGAUAAUUCACCACAAGCAUUUGGUUAUCAGUUGAAUAAUGGAAUUCCGAUUGAAAGUUGGUUUGUUGAUCGGACUGAUUCAGAAUUGAUGAAACUAUUACCAUUUCUUGAAGAUCUCGUUCAAUUGCAAGAAGACGUACGUCCGCAUAUCAGAAACAAGUUCAAACUCUUCAGCUACUUGCCUCCGGAUUAAUACCACCACCCUAGCGACUUCAUAGACAAUCAUCGUAUGUGUAUUUGUAAAUUAAGGCCCUUAAGUCGUAGGCAUGUAAGCGUUCUUCGUAAUUCGAGCAAGCAAACAAACACUUUGCGUAAACAUAAGUGAUUUGUAAGAGAAAAACGGUUGUGCAUGCUCAUCGCCCUGACCAACAUUUGCACGACGCCUUUUAUUGAACUAAAAACAACAUUAUUUUGCUUGUGAAAAGUCUAAAAAAAAAUCGUAUUUCUAAGAGAGAAGUUUCCAAAACAAAAGAGCGACUCGGUGUGUUCAUGGAUCGCACAAAGUUAGAGGUAUAGAUAUUCUAUAAAUAAACAUAAAAUAUGGUUAGUAUCGUACGCGUGUACUUAAAGGUUAGUAGAGAUUUUAAAUUAAAGAAACAAUGGGCAUAUUCGACGAGUCGCACGAAGUAAAAAUCCGUCCUUAAAUUAUAAACUGUUUGGAAAUUGGAAGGGAAAGUUUAUAUUUUGUUAGUUUAAUAUUAAUAUUGUGAAGUUGGAAAGUGCCUUUUGCAUUAUAAACCCACAACAUGCGAGAUUGAAGCAGAAAAGUUCACGUUUUGAUUUACUGUUGAUUGCAAUACAUUGAUUGUGAUAUUACAUUAACAAUUAAGCUUUAAAUUUGAAAGAAGAUGAGAAAAAAAAACAUAAUAAUGGUUUGUGUAAAUGUUGGUCAGUUGGCAAUGAGUACAAAUUACAAAUUGUUAUCACACAAAUAAUGAACAUAAGAAUAUUGUAUGCAAUAGGGAUCAAUGAUUUAAAUGUAACGUAAAAUUUAAUAUCUAUAUAACAAAAUUAUAUACACACACGUCACACACAUACAAAAAACAAUUCAAAUCUAAACGCAAAGCUGACGAGAUUCUAGCAACAUUUCUAAACUUGCCAUUUCUUAAUACAAGAAAUUAACAAAUUAAGAUAAAAUAACACUAGAUCGUUUGAAAAUAGUGUCUAUGUAUAAACUAAACGCAAAAGCAAACUUAAAAUUAAAAUGUAAACUUAAAAAAAUUACUUGAAACAGUUGCAAUACGAGCACAAAACUGCUGAAUUUCCGUGUGACAUUCAUGUAAGAUAUUCUACUAACUAUUAUUUGUUGUUUUUGUUAAAAUAUCAAAGUUUAUAUAUGUUUACAUAUUAACCACACAGCGCGGGCGAAAAAUGUUUGAUGUUUCGUAGCUUUACAACGGCUGUAAAUAAUUGAGACCCACACACUGUCACAUCUUUAUCACUAUAUUUAUCUUGUUGCACAAAACAAAACAAAAUGGCUGCUACCAGUUGCAUACACAUAUGAAUGGAAUGAAUGUACUUAACAUUUUUCUACCAAACGCAGUUCAGCAUAACAAAAUGUGAGGCAUUAACAAGAUAAAGAUACAAUUUACUCUAUAAAAAGUAAAAAAAAAAUGAAAAGAAAAUAUCGCAAUAUAUAAAAUUAUAAAUAUAUAAUAUCUAAUUUGUACUAUAUUUGUUGUGUAAUGUUUAGUUGUAUGCAUAACUCUUGCACUAGUUAGGUGUUUAUUAUUUGUUUGUUUGAAUUGACUUCAAAUGAAUUUUAUUUUCAAAAGAAACGUUUAAUCAUAUUGUACACUUUGUUGAUUACAAUGUACAUUGCAUUUUAUUAAAAUACAAAUAAUACAAGUUAGAA